AAACUGGCUAUUGUGGUUAUGGUGAUUCAUGUAAAUUCUUGCAUGAUAGAGGUGAUUAUAAAUCUGGAUGGCAAUUAGAAAGAGAAUGGGAAGAAAUGCAAGGAAAAAUUCGACAAGAUAAAAGCGAAUUUCUUAUCGAAAGUAGUGAUGAAAGCGAUGAAGAAUUGCCUUUUGCUUGUAUAAUAUGUAGACAAGAAUAUAAGAAUCCAGUGAUUACAAGGAAUCUCUCUGAGUUCAAAUCGUAUUGA